UCCAGAACUACUUGUAUCAUCGGUGACAUUCUGAGGAAGUCGUCGGUUCGGUGAUUGAGAGAGGAUUGACUGUUGAGACAUACAGCAAGUCUGACUGCAGGUGGAAGAGAAAGCCAAAAAAAAAAAAGGGGGGGGGGAGCAGGAUUAAGCGGGCCGUUGUAGUUGGGUACCGAGGAAGGGAAGCCAUCGCAACAAUGAGUGAGAAGACGCGUGAGGCUCCGAAAUCCGGCGCCAGUCGAGACAGGCCUGUCCACAUCGUCUUUGUCGGCGCUGGCGCCGUUGGGUGUUUCUACGCGUCCAGACUGCACCAUCCAUCUCACAACGUCCACGUCUCCCUCAUCGCGCGCUCCAACUACAAGGCGCUCGCCGAGCAUGGCGUGCAGCUGCAAAGCUACAGCUUCGGCAACUACACCUUCCGCCCGCACGCCGUCUUCGCGUCGGUGGCGGCCGCCGCCUCUUCAGGGCCUGGUCACUGGGACUUCAUCAUCGUGACGACCAAAGCCUUGCCAGACCGCUCCGACGACAGCGCGCUGAUCGCCCCGCUGGUCGGGCCCGGCUCGUGCAUCGUGCUGAUCCAGAACGGCGUCGGCGUCGAGGAGCCCUACCGCGCCCGCUUUCCCGCCACGCCCAUCGUCAGCGCCGUCACCGUCAUCUCGGCCGAGCAGAUCUCCCCCGGAACAGUCCGCCAGAACCGCUGGACCCGCAUCCAUCUGGGGCCCUACUCCAACUCGGCUUCGUUCCCCUCCUCCUCCUCCUCUUCUCAUAACGACCCCUGUCCCAAGGGGGAUGACACAACAGGCGCUCUCCCCUCUCCCUCUCCCUCUUCCCCAUCUUCCACCGGCUCUGCUCGUGAUAGUACUGAUCCCGCCACGCUCCAAACCGCCGGGCUAGAACGAGCGAAGCAGCUCGCCGAGUGGUGGACGGCACUCGGUGGGAUCCGCGACGUCGACGUGCGCGACGAAGCCGGGCUGCAGCUGAUCCGCUGGCACAAGCUGUGUAUCAACGCGGCCUUCAACCCGUCCGCCGUGCUGUCGGGCGGCCGGGGCAACGCCGACAUGGCGCGCGACCCGGACCUGCGCCGGCACCUGGCGGGCGUGAUGCGCGAGAUCUGGGCCGCGGUGCCGCAGGUGCUGGACGGAAGGAGAUUCGAGGACGAGCCGGACCACAUGGCGAGUCCCGAGAGGAUCCUUAGGAGCAGCGAGCGCAACGAGGGCGCGAAGCCCAGCAUGUUGCUCGAUUGGGAGGCGGGCAGGCCCAUGGAGGUGGAGGUCAUCCUCGGGAAUCCGGUCCGCAUUGCGAGGGCGAGGGGCGUGGAGAUGCCCCGGUUGCAGACCGUUUACGCCUUGGUGAAGAGCAUGCAGGAGGUUCGGGAGCGGAGGGCGAAGGCGGCGAAGUUGUAGAGACAGGGACAUUCGUUGUGGAAGAUUGUUGUACGCGCUUCCGCGACAUGGGAUGGUGGUGCCGAAUAAAGAAUGUACUGCCGCCUAAUAAUGGAUCUACGUCGAGUUGAGAGGCUGAUGAUAUAUCGAGCUACCCACGGAUGUCUACUAAUUUAUAUAGCGUCCAAACAAGUGGCAACAAACGAGCAAA